AUGGCGUCUCCAGAGAAGAAGAAGAUGGAGGAGUCGUCGCCGAGUCCUCAGAUAUUGACACAAAAUCCGUCACUUCCCCAUGAUCUGCUAAUGACGUGCGUGGCAAGCGUGUCAAGAUUGUAUUAUCCGACUCUCUCCCUUGUCUCCAAGAGCUUUCGAUCUCUACUUGCUUCAACGGAGCUUUACAAGGCCCGGUCAAUGUUAGGACACACCGAUCGUUGUCUCUACGUGUGCUUAAAGUCUUCUGAUGAAUGGCGCUUGUUCACCCUAUGCCGAAAACCAAACAAAACCCUAACCAAUAAGGAGAAAAGGAAGUCCAGUGGGUAUGUUUUGGUUACUGUUCCAACUAUCCGCUCUCUUCGUGACGGUUUUUCGUCUCUUGUAGCGGUUGGUUCUCAUAUCUACAACAUCGGAUCCGGAUCAAGCUACUACAACGAGCCAUCCUCUAGUGUCACGGUUCUGGAUUGUCGGUUUCACACGUGGCAUGAGGGCACAAGAAUGCGGGUGGAGGUAAUGCCACUUACUGUCGCGGUCCUUGAUCGGAAGAUAUAUGUAGCAGGAAUCCGUGAAGAUUCCUAUGAGGACAUAUUCGAGGUGUUGGACACAGAAACACAAACUUGGGAUCCUGUGCCUCUCCCUUACAGAACGUCAGGUAAAUACUUUUCUGGAACCGCAAGAAGCGCAUGUAUUGACGGAAAGAUUCACGUGGUUAAUGAUGUAGACGAAACGUUUUGUUACGAUCCCAAGAAAGGUAGAUGGGAUCAACGAAAUAUGAGUCUUUGGUAUUGGGAUGCUUAUUGCGAGAUAGAGAAUGUUUUGUAUUCUGCUUCGAGAAGAGUGUUUAGAUGGUAUGACCGUAAGGAAAGCUGGUGGAGAGAUUUGAAGGGUUUGGUAGGACUGCCUAGCUUACUUCAUGGUGGUUGUGUUAGAAUGGUUGAUUAUGGUGGUAAUAUGGUGGUUUUGUGGGACGAGAUUUUGCGUGAAGAGAAGAUGAUUUGGUGUGCGGAGAUUGCGCUUGAAAGGCGUGGGAGUUGUGAGAUUUGGGGAAAAGUUGAGUGGUUUGAUCAUAUGCUUACGGUUCCUAAAGAAUAUAAUUCCGUGAAUCUUCUUGUUGCUACUGUUUAA